CCUCAGUCUGGAUGAGAUGCACAGCACGCCGAGACAGCGCGAGCGAGUCCAGUAGCGCCAGUGCUGCGGUUUUUUUUUGAGAACGUUAAACAUGUAACGGAGGUUUUAAAAGUUUUGUUUGUUUGAAUUUUUAUUAUUAUACUCGCGGGUUGUUGGGUUCUUCGACCGGAAAUAUGGCUGGUUUGAAAAGGCAGCGGUCGUGGCAUGAAGACUUCUCCAGGAACUUUUUAAGACUUUUCUCAAGGAAUAAAGCGUCAGAGCAGGACAAACCAGAGCGGGAAAGCGGAACCAGGGAGGAACAUGAGGAUGACAGCGCUUCUAGCCAGUCUAAUGAGGCAGACUCGCAGCUCACACCUGAACAUCAUCUGAAUAUGUCAUCAGCAGAACAGGCACUGGAGUUCCCGGAGCAGGACAGGACACUGGAGGGAGACGGUGCGUGUGAUCACGAGGGCAGUUUUCAGGGGGAUGCGGAGAGCGACCCUUUUACCAUAACCCCCCCUGUCUCUGAGCCCUGCUCUCCAUUGCCCCCUGUAGAUGGCUUCUUCAGGCGCUUGGGCAGCCUGUUUCCUUUCACUCGAACUCAGCCUGGAGAGGAGGACACACAGCAUUCAGUAAAGAAAGUUGCAGAGACGAGUGCAGAAAAAGAAGAGCACUCGCAGCCACUGAAGCCUCAGGAGGUGUUUGACUGUACUGCAGGUCCAGAGGGUGAAGUCACAAUUCAAACCGAGCAAUACGUACAAGACACACAGCUGCAGAAGGAGUCUUUGUCUGAAAAGGAUGGAAAUACAUCAAUAGAGAACGUGUCACCUGCUGUGGAAGAAGAGAACGAGGAGGACGAAGAAGAGCAAGAGCGGCGCCGUGCCCUGGCAUGCCCCCCAGUGGUUACACAUGUGACGUACCGUGGCCUUAGGAAGAUCAGGAAGAUGAGGAGAAACCAGGAAGUGCGCCUCCAUUCCCCAAUCUCGGAAGGGGAGGAGGGGCAUUUUGAAGUUGAUGCAGGUCAGCCAGUCUCAGAAGAAAAAACGAAGCAGAAUGAGGCAAACACAAGCAGUUCUGUCAUAACUACCCCCACAGAGAUCCAUUCAGGGCAACCUACCCAGAAAACAUCCUUAUCUUCAAACAGUGUUAGUUCGGAUUACGAAAGCUAUGCUUCAGUGGACUCUUCCAUUGUAAACUCCACUUGCAGUAAAGCAGACACAGAAAGAACGCAAAGUGCUUUGAACUCAAGUGCCUUACAGACACACACCAAGGCCAAAAUAAAUUCUUUAGACUGUCAUCCAAUAGGAACUGGUAAGAUGUCUAGUGCUAAUGAAAAUACUGCUGGUAGGCCUACUGAUUUGGGGACAGUUAUGGUUGGUGAUGGUAAUACCCAUAAGCUGAAGCCAUCAGAGAUUGAAUCUAUACCUCUUACAAUGGAAUCAGACUAUGAGACUUGUCUACAAGUACAGUCUCUCUAUACUAAUGAGCUGAUGUUUCAUUUUUUAUCUGAAAACCCAGAUAGUCUCCAAACCCAGCCCUCCAACUCUGAUACUGCCACAAACGUAAACAAACAUAUUGCUGAAAUUAACACUGCCUCUAACUUGUGCACAAACUUCACUGAUUUGAAAAUCGCACCUGAUUCCUGCCAGGCCCUCCAGCUGGCUAGUUCCGGCCUAGAUGCAUGGAACCAUGAGGAAACCAAUGGCUCUGAGCUAUCUUCUACAAUAGAAAUUGCAGUAGAUGCUCCCUGGCAGGCUGAGUUCAUUGUGGAUGAUGAAGAGAAACAACAGCUAGAUGGAAUGACAUUACAGCUAGAGUCCAAGAAGAUAGUAGACAGCAUUCUCACAAAUGCUCUGGCUGCCUUGGAGAGGAUUGAUAUUUCUGAGCGAGACAGAGAGACUAUAUCAAGAGAUGAGUUCAUUGAGGGUAGGGAGAAUCUUAUCAUUAUGGGAGCGAAAGAGAGCAUGGAUGGAGCAGCCAACUUGGGACAGGCACUGAGAGAGCAUUUACCUGUUCAGGGUGUUAGAAACUCCCAGUCAUCUAUGUCAGAUGGGACUUUGGGAAGCAGAAAACAGCCAGAUGGGAGUCGCUCCACCCCUUCCUCGGGCUACGAGUCCAUUGCUGGGUCAGACACAGACAUCCGGAACAGUGUGGCUAUUAGUGCUGAUACCUCCACUGGUGGACUACUCGGCAUGCAGGAACUCGGAGAGGAAGCGGUGAGUGGAUGUUCCCCAGAUGAAGUGGAGCUGCAUAUUGAGAAAAAUUCUGCCUCUCAAAAUAAUAGACAGGACUCUCUGCAUCACAAUACUUCACUACUUGAAUUAAAUUUCGAAGAGAAGGGAGGAUCUGCCAGAACUGAGACAAACAAUGAACAAUUUCCCCAGGAUGCUCUAAGUGAUAGCAAUAUAAUAUCUGUACAGCCAGUCAUAUCUGAAACCUUUUGUGAGGUAAACAACGAGCAGACGCAAUAUGUUUUGGGCGAGAAUGUUUGCUUGAACGAUGCAGGGCUUCAGUUUCCAGCCAAAGACAAUCCAGAAAGCAAUAAUUAUGGUCAUGCAUUGCACUUGAACUCAGGUGAUGUAUCUACAAUCAUUAACACUAUGGAAUCAACGCAGGUAGAAGGCAUUAGAAAAACCUUGCAAGUUGCAGUAAAUAACUCUGAUUCAGAACAGCUUGCUGAAAAUAAUGAAUUUCCAGGACAAGAUCUGUCUGUAAAAGAGAACCGUCCAAAUGUGUCAGUAUUCCAAAGCCAUGCAAUUGACAAAAUCAUAGAACCUCAUUUGGUCAGUUGUGAAAGUUUAAAAAAGUCCUCACUGGAUUCUCAGGACAUAAAAUGUGGAGACACACAAGAUUCCUUGAACUUUGCAGGUACAGUGGAGCCAAGAAUAGUCCUUGAUGUGCCAUCUUCAGCAUAUGCGAUUAAGUGUGGACAGGAUGAUGAGGUCCAGGAUAAGGGGAAGCCCUCUGCUGAUCCACAACCUAUCUGGCUUCUCUGUUCAGACACAUCUGCUUAUUCCAGUGAUGAACCUGUGUGUUUCCAAGAUGUUAAAGUCACUGUUAAUGAUGACCAGAUCAUAGAAGAUGAUGCAGUAAAAUCAGAUUCUUCAACAGAAGUAAGCGUGGACAGAGCAGCCUGUAGGGUAGCAGCCUUACCUGUUUCAGCUAAACCUCACCAGGACCUCCCUGGCACCUUUGCCAUCAUCAGCGAGGAGGAGGAAACUGACACAGUAUUUGUGAAUGACACAGGGCCUUUGCUGAGUCCAAGCACACGUCGGUUCAAGAUAUAUCCCUUUUCCCUUUCCCCAAUAUAUGAGGAAGACAGUGGAAGAGAGGACACCUCACGGGAUGAUGGACUUCAUGUGCCCCCAGCCACAGAGGAGGAGCAGCGCAGUGAGGAACAGCAAGCCUCCUCCAUCCUUUCACUGCUGCAGUCUGUAAGUGAGAGGUUGCAAUCUUCCACCUUUAGCUGCUCUGAGACCAACCAGGACAUGGACGAUGGGCCAGAUGAACCACAGUACUCAAAGCCGUUUCUCAGGCCCCUUUGGGAUCGCUAUGAUGAUAAUGAUGACGAUACCACAAUUGGUGGAGAGUCAAACUUACUGCUACACCACCAGCUCACAGGGACAACAUUCCCAAAUGCAGAUCCCCCAAAGGAUGAGAGGUCUUCUCCCAGUCUUAGUCCACAACAGACAACCAGUGAAACACAGGAUGAUUGUUUGAUGGGAAAGCAUUGUGAAACCACUCAGAGUUGUGCCAACACUCCAUUUUAUCAGUAUUUGAAAUCCAAUGUAAUGCCAUCACUAGCCACAGCGACAAUAGAAAAUAAAUCUUUUCCUAAUGGGAAAAGUUUAACCUUUACUACCAUGGAAGAGAUGGGAGGGACCGGGAAAGUCAGUCCACGACCUACUCUGCUGCACAUCUACGAGGGACUGGCACCAUGUGGGAAAAGUAACGAGAUCUGUGGGGACGUGGAGGAAAUUUUGUUUCUACAAGAAGCCACAAUCCAGGCCCAGAGAGGGUGCUGGCUGCUAUAUGUGGAACAGAGAUACCAAGGGUCUUGCAUCCUGCUUGAGGAGGGACAAAGUAUACAGACCAAUGGAGAGAAUAACGAGACACAGAGACCCUCUCCUCCUACUACGUUGUCUGCUGGCUCCAUCCGGAGAGCAGUGAAGGAUGACACCAUUCCAAAGAUUCAUCUGCAUAUGUCAAGUAGUAAAAAGAAAGAGCCGGUUUGUCUGCACGCUGAAGCUGAUAACAUUGGCACACAAGUCCCUGUUUACCUCUCUGACCUCAGCGUGCACUCCGGAUGCUGGGUGGCCUAUGAUGGUGCUGGAUUCACAGGAAAUCACACAGUUCUGGAAGCUGGAGACCUGGCCACACCCGUUCUACAGAAUGCUCCCAUCUCCUGUGUACGGUCACUACGUCCAUUGAGAAUGGGAGGUCUAAGAGUACGAAGACCUCUGGAUCCAAAGAUGGUGAUGUAUGAGAAGACACUCUUUCAGGGUCAGUGCAAGGAGCUUGUGGAGAACACACCCAGCCUAGAAAGUGCUGAGGGAGUAGUACAAGUCUGCUCUCUACGAGUCACUGGAGGAGUGUGGGUGGGCUACUCCUGUGAAAACUACAGAGGGCAGCAAUGUUUGUUGGAGGAGGGCGAGUACAGUGACUGUAGCACACUCUUCAGUGGACCAGGAAAUGUUCUAAGAUCAUGCCGCUUCCUUCAGGCUGUUUUCAUUGAGCCUGCGGUGUCCCUUAAUAAUCAUGAAGAGCAGAUUGAGCUUGUGGACGAGGAUGUGGCAGACCUGCAACAGACCGGGCUAGCGAACAAAGCAAACACCAUCCAUGUUCGAAGUGGAGUGUGGGUAGCCUACAGCGGCAGAUAUUUCACAGGAGAACAGUGUGUACUUGAGAAGGGUCGAUACACCGGAUCACUAGACUGGGGUGAAAGGCGGAGUCCACCUCUCUCCAUCCGGGCAGUACGGAGGGAGCUUUGUGGAAAAAGGGAUCCAAGAUUCAUGCUUUGCACCUACGACAAACCAUGCUUUGCGGGAGAUAGAAAAGAAUUUGAAAGUGAAAUGGCAGACUGUUCCAUGUUAAACCCCAUGUCAUUCAGAGUAAUUCAGGGCAGGUGGUUGCUUUAUGAUGAGAGGGGUUUCUGUGGUAACCAGUUUGUCCUUGAAGAAGGCGUUUAUCCAGACCUCACCUCCACUGGCUGCAUGGCAACAGCUAUUAAAUCCUUCAAGCCCAUUCAAUAUAGCUUCUCAGAGCCCUCAAUCAGUCUUUUUUCACUGAGCUCGUUUGAAGGGUUGGAGACUGUAACAGACUCACCGAUGGAAACCAUGAGCAACUUCUUUACGCAGUCUUUAAAAGUCAACAGCGGCCUGUGGGUGGUGUACGAAUUCAGCCAGUUUAAAGGGCGUCAGAUGCUGCUGCAGACGGGCGAGGUUCCAUGCUGGAGUGACUACAGUGGCUGGGACACCAUCGGCUCCCUCCACCCACUAAGACAGCGAAGGGCGUAUGUGCAGGUGCAGAAUCGAGCUCUGGGGAUGGCACUGACUGUAGAGAAAACCGGGGAGCGGCCAUGUCCAGCGAGACUCUCGCUGUGUCCUUCUGAACAUUCGCUGCAUACACAGCACUGGUUGUACAAUCAGUCGCAGCUCAAGAGCAAGGUGGGGAAAGGCUGCAUGUCUGUAAUUGGUGGGAAAGCCUGUGUGGGAGCCAGAGUGGCUUUAUGGGAAGAGCAUGGGCGGCUGAACCAAAAAUGGAGUCUUAAUGAAAAUGGGACGAUUUCCACUCACUUAAACCACAGCCUAGUACUGGAUCAGAGAGGUGGGAGUGGAAUAGACAAGGAUCAUCUGAUCUUAAAUGAGUUUUGUCCUGACAGAGCCACGCAAUUCUGGGACAUAGAGGUGCUUUAGUGCUGAGGCCAAGAAUCAGUUUCCCUGAAACAUGCUGGACAGUUACGAACUAAAAAGCACUGCCUCCACCCAGGUAAAGAGGAACAGGGCUGAAACCACUGUUCCUUAAAAAAAACCUAGCUCUGAAAAGCCUCAUCUUCAACAGCUUGAUCAACACACCAAAUUGUUCAACCCAUUAGGUGAUGUAUAGGUAAAAUCAAGUGUUAUAGCUUAGGCAUAUGAAUCUAGACAUGUGAUUGUUCUGCAUCUGGUGGUAUUUAACAGUAUGAGUGAAAAGCUGGAGGCUCGCACUCUCUCUCGUGUUAAACCUCGGAACAGACACAGAGGCUAUAACCAGAUGAGAAGGAAAGUCAGUUUAGAGAGGCGUUCUCAUUUUUAUGACCAACAACCAAAAACAACUACUAGUUUAUUAAGACUAUUCAAGAAGAGAAGACGUGAUGAGAAAGGAGCUGUUUGCCGUUCCUCUUCGAGGCAAUAUAAAGAAUAUGAAUUAUAUGCUUGCUAUUUUUGUUCUCCAAAGCACAUUUGCACUACCACGAUCCUCUCUUGAACAGGAGUGGCCCUUGUAAAAUGAGUGUGUUCCCCAACACACUGGUCCUGGAUAAAACAUGUGCUGUCCUCUUUCAGCCUCAAAUGAUGUCAAAACUCCCUUUACUCAGUCAAACACAGACCAAGAGCAAGUGCUUACUUCUGUUAGUCAGGCUUAUGUACAGAGAAUUAUUUAAAGCUGGUCAAAUCACUGGAUUUCCCACUGAACACUGAGUGUAUGAUAUUCAGGAAAAGAUGUAUGUAUUGAAUGAUUAUGUGCAAAAGAAAUAAUGUGUACAGUUAAUAUUAUCACUGUUUUUAAAUGGUAUUAAUAUUAAAGAUAUUACAUUCUGGUG